AUGGAUCAAACAACAAUUAAUUUGGAAGAUUUUACUUGUAGUGUUUGUCGUGAAAUAUUCCAAUCACCUGUUAGUUUAUCUUGUCCACAUACUUAUUGUCAAAAUUGUAUAAUUGGUCUUAGAAAACAUUCUAAUUCAUCACCAACAUCAGAAUCUACACCUGCUUCAUCAUCACGAAGUGGAAGUUUUAGUCAUUCAACACAUGUUCAUCAACCUAAUCAAUGUUUUGUUUGUGCUAUUUGUCGUCAAGAAUCAUUAGGUUAUGUACGUUAUCGAGAUUUAGAAAAUCAAUUAAAUACACUUGAAACAUCAUGUCCAAAUUGUUCACUAGUAUUUACAUUAUCUGAAUUACGAAAUCAUUUAGAAACAUGUUUCCCAAUAACAAAACAUGAUAAUAUAAUAACAAAAUCUGCAACUCUAACGAAGCAAUUGUCGGAAUCACAAGCUAAAGCAUUACAAUUAGCUCAAGAAGGUGAUAAUCGUUCGACAUUUCAAUGUCCAUUUUGUCCCAGAGCAAAUUUUAGUCUUAGUCAUCUUCGUCAACACAUUAAAAAAAGACAUCAAGGGGAAGAUCAACGUCGAGUUUGUCCAAUUUGUUCAUCAAUGCCAUGGGGUGAUAAAACUAUGGUUUCAUCAAAUGUAUAUGAACAUAUUAAAAGUCGUCAUCAAUUCGAUUAUGAUACUUAUGUAAACUACGAACAAGAUGAAGAAGCUAUGAUGCGUGAAGCUUUACAAGCAUCACUUGUUGAUCAAUAA